GUUGUAGGAUCUAUCAUAGGGGGUGUGUUGUAACUGAAGGACUUCAGUUGGCUUUAACACCCGCUGAAUCCAGGAGAGGGCGCCCGAAAAUACGACAGAUCACGUGACCAGCACCGAGUAGCAAGAAGAAACAUGGCCGUCUCCAGUGUGUUCAAAGCGGGGCUGUUCAACCACAAAGUGGCGGUGGUAACGGGAGGAGGCACCGGCAUCGGCAAAGCCAUCUCCAACGAGCUGCUGCAGCUGGGUAGGUGGUGUGUUGUGUUCAGACGUAUCGCUUACUCUGUGUGUGCGCGUUUAGACACCGGCAGAGUCUCUAGCUAGGUUAUAACAGCACUGAGUGAACUUUACCCUAGAUACACUGAUCUCUGUUCAAAAGGCAAUAUUAAAUUGGCAUGGCGUUUUAGUAGCUACUACAUGUGUGAAUACCAUUGGCAGUAAAGGUUAGUACUCACACGAUAUAUAAUAUUGGGGGGGGGUCCGUAAUAAAUACAAAUAUUCAUGUUUUGUUUACAAAUCUAGCUGAGAGGUUUCUGAAGGUGUAGUUGGGUGUAUUUCUGUACUCAACUCCAAGGUACAUGAUCACUAUGGCCAAAUGUGGGGGUCCUCUGUCUGUGUCUGUGUCUCAGGCUGUAACGUGGUGAUCUCCAGUAGGAAGGUGGAGCGGUUGGAGGCUGCAGCUGAGGAGCUGAGGCUGAGGAUACCUCCGUCUAGCCCUGCCUCCGUCACCCCUAUAGCCUGUAACAUACGCAACGAGGAGGAGGUCGGUCUACACACACUCAUCCUGUAACUUCCACGUUGAGGAAGGGGCACACACACUAACCUGCGGUGUGUCAAAGUAAACCUUUUCUGUGUAUGUAGGUGAAGUCUCUGGUCUUGUCAGUGUUGCAGCAGUAUGGCCGUAUAGACUACCUGGUAAAUAACGGCGGAGGCCAGUUCAGCAGCCCAGCAGAACACACCUCAUCUAAGGGAUGGAAGGCUGUCAUAGACACCAACCUCACUGGAACCUUCCACUGCUGCAAGGAAGGUAGGAGUGUGUGUGUGUGUGUGUGUGUGUGUGUAACGUGAUGUGUGUGUGUAAUGUGAUGUGUGUUUUUUUCCUAGUGUAUGCUGCAUGGAUGAAGGAGAAUGGAGGAGUGAUCGUCAACAUCAUCGCUGAUAUGUGGAAAGGCUUCCCAGGCAUGGCGUGAGUCUCUCUCUCUCCCACACACACAAUGACCUAUCUCUCUCUGACCAACUCCACGACACACACACAACUGACCUAUCCUAUUUCUCUCCGACUCACAACGGACAAACAAUCGAUAAGAGACUACCAACACAAAACCACGACCUACCUACCACCAACCUACCUACCUACCACCAACCUCUACCUACCACAACUCCCUACCCACCACUCUACUACCACCAACCUCAACCAACCAACACUCGACCUACUACCUACACCAACCCCACCAACCUACACACCAAACACGACAACUCAGACCACCACGCAACUCGACCACCACCCUCCCACCACCACAUCUCCCUACCGACCACCAACGCGACGACCACCACCAACGCACCGACACAACGCGAACGACCACCACAACGCGACAGACAGACCACCAACGGACCAGACCACAAGGCGACGACACCAACGGACAGAACACAAACGCACGACGAACACCAAGCCCGACCACCACAACGCGACCACACCACCAACCGACCACCACCAACGGACGACCGACCAGACACAAGAGCACCGACGACACCAAGCAACGACCGACACCAACGAGACCGACCACCAACGAGACACAGACCGAACCGACCACCAAACGAGAUACCAACCACCAACGCGACAAAACUACCGACCGACACACAAAAGACCACACAAGACGACCGACAACGGAACAGAACCACAAGUAGAACACAACAACGCACCAAUAACCACCAACGCACACAGACCACCACAAACUAACACAACCACCGCCACAACGAACACGACGACCACCAACAACGGACCACACCGACCAACCACCACACGACCGACCAACCAACGAGACAGAAACACACCACCAACGACGAACCGACCACACAAACGGAACGACCGACACCAAGCGACACACGACCGACGACACCAACGCGACCGACCACAAGAGACAACGACCGACCGACACACCAAACGCAACCGACCACCAACGCCCGACACGACGACCACAAACGGACGACGAACCGACAAAACGCGACCAACGACCGAACCAACCAAACGACCGACACCAACGCCGACCGACCGACCGACCACAAACGACGACGACCACAACAAACGACGACCGACAGACCACCAAAAGCGACGACCGACACCAACGACGACGACCACCACCAACGCGACGACACGAACACCAACGCCACGACCACCGACCAGAACACCAAAGCGACCACCACCAAGCCAGCCAGACCGAAAACACCACGCGACCACCGACCAACCACACCACGACGACCACCACGCGACCGACCACACGAGACACACCAACGACCAACAACAGACGACCGACCACCAAAGCGACCGACACCAAAGCACAGACACCAAAACGACGACGAACACCACCAACGCGACCGACCACCAACGCCCGAACGACCAAACAAGCGACCGACCGCACCAACGAGACCGACACCAACGACCGAAAGACCGACCGACACUCACGCGACCGACCGCCACCAACCGCGCACCAACGAGACGACCACCAACGCGAACACGACGACCACACCACGGACCACACACCCCACCGACCACCACAACCGACCACACCAACGCGACACCACAACGCGACGACACCAACCGACCGAUCUCACAACGCGACCGACCACCAAACGCGACCACAACGACACCAAAGACCGACCGACCAGACCGACCCAAGAGGACCGACCGACCACAAACGAGGACCGACGACCACCAACGACCGACCGUACCGACCAACAAAACGACCGACCACCAACGCUACCGACUACAACCAACCUACACUACCUACCACCAACUCUACCUACCACCAACCUACCUACCACCAACUCCCUACCUACCACCAACUCUACCUACCUACCACCAACUCUACCUACCUACCACCAACUCUACCUACCUACCACCAACACUACCCUACCUAACACCAACUCUACCUACCUACCACCAACUCUACACACUACCUACCUUACUGAGGGGACCUUGCCCUCCCACCCUGACGUCUGCAUUGUCUCUGGCCAGUCAUACCGGAGCAGCGCGGGCCGCUGUAGAUAACUUAACUAAGACUCUGGCCAUCGAAUGGGCCGUGUCUGGAGUCAGAGUCAACGCCAUAGCACCGGUACGUACGUGUGUGUGUGUGUGUUCACGGUGUGCAUGAAUUGUAAUUGAGCUGUUCCCAAAUCUCUCAAAACCUUAACUUAAGCUCAGUGGGCUAACAGUCUUAUGGCACCUAGCCACAGAAGACCCUGGGUUUAAAGCCAGUCAGUCACUCUGUCUCCGCUUCCAGGGCACCAUCAUCUCCAAGACAGCUGUUGAGAACUAUAAGGAGUUUGGACCAACACUGUUUAAGAUGUCUAUUCCCUUCAGCCCUGCUAAAAGACUGGGGGUCCCAGAGGAGGUACACACACAUCAUUUAUGUACAUACGGCAUGCACACAGAGUGCUUCAGACCGCUUUGAGACUGACGCUCCCUCCCCUCUCCCUCUCUGUGUGUAGAUCUCUCCAGCAGUGUGUUUCCUCCUGUCUCCUGCCGCCUCCUACAUCUCUGGAGCCACUCUGAGGGUGGACGCUGGACAGAGUCUUUACCACUCUAUGUGGGAAAUACCAGGUAGGUACACACACACUGUUACUUACUUGUACAAUUAUACACGAGUGCAUAACCUACCUCUCACGUGCGCGGUAGAUCACAGUGCGUGGCCUGCAGCCCCAGAGGGAGAGAAUCUGGACACUCUGAAAGAGCUGCUAAAACCCAAGGCUAAGCUCUAACUAUCACUAUGGAAACAAGGUCAUCGCUACGGAGACCAACCCAGCACCGCGGAGACCAGCCCAUGGCAACGGACGGACGGGUGUAUGAUUGUAGACAGACAGUAGAUGUUUGGAGAACUGUUUUUGAGAACGCUGAUCAGAAUGCUAUCAAUAUAAAUCAAUAUGAAUUCAUUGAAGGGUUGGUGUCGAUAUAGAGGCUGAACUCUGUAUAUCUGUCAGCUCUCGUCCUAUCAGCCUCACCCUGUGUCACCCUGCGUCACCCUGUAUCACCCUGUGUGAUCCUGUAUCAGUCAAUCCCUGUAUCAGUCUGUAUCUCAUGUACUGUACAUAAUUGUAGAUAAUUCAGAUAUUAUUAACAUGGUAAUAGGCCUAUGUGACAUAAUUCUCCUGAUUAUUGGCUGUUAUUAGUGUUUCAAUAAUGUUGAAUAUGAACCAUCAUGUUGUCACUGUCUUAUAAAGAAAGAUAACACCCUUUACAAUAAACACCCUUUACAUUGCA